UACAUUUUGGUUGGCUCUCUCUUUCGCGGCGCGUGGAGUGCGCCGCUGGAGCGUGGCGCAUUCCAAGCUGGGGCCUCGAAUCCUUGCAUUGCUUCCACGCUGACGUCGCGACUUCCUCGUCCUUGCCGAGGAGAAUCGAGAGAGCAAAUAUGAGGACUUGGUUUUCGUGAUGGCAAGAGCGUCCGCGGAGGGAAACGUGGAAGUGUUUCCUGCAGCACAGUCUACUUUAAAAAUUCUCGCGGAUGUUGCUCACCACGGGAACUGUCCAGUGGUCCCGAAAGGCCAUGCCAGUUUCGAGAAUUGGUCCAGGAGCCAGCUCCAGCAGUACUUGAACUAUCGGAUCGGAGGGAUCAACAAAUACGCAAAUUAUUCCAGGCCGAGGCUGAUUCAGCGACUGCUGCGGAUUGAAACAGGGCCGAAGGAGAAGUGUCCGGUUUCACGUAAAGAGCGAGUUAAAGAAAAAUCAAGGCCGGGACCAGCAGUAGAAGACUUACCACGUCCAACCCGAGCGACAGAGACUCCAGUCUUUCAGACUCUGAGAAAGCGAUCCAGGAAAGGCGAGAAAGUUCGUCGUUUGCCAGCUCUUGACCAAGGUGGCUUCCAGGAUCGUCUUUGCGGGAACGCUGCAUGCCGAGCAAAGCUGAGUGGCAAGGAGGAGUUUUGCAGGCGCUGUUCUUGUUGCAUUUGCAAGCGUUUCGACGACAACAAGGAUCCAUGCCUGUGGAUAGAAUGCGGUGGAGAGAAAUACAGAAGCUGUGGUGCUUCCUGCCACUUGGAGUGCGGCCUCAAGCUGCGAGCUGCUGGAGUCGUGAAGCGGGGAAACACGAUUCAGCUGGACGGAAGCUUUUCUUGCGUGAAUUGUGGCUUCAUCAGUUGCUUGCUUGGAUGCUGGAGAAGGCUACUCUCUGUCGCCAAGAAUGCACGACGAAUCGACGUUUUUACAACUCGACUCUCGUUGGCUUUUCGUCUCUUGGAUGGCACUCUGCGAUAUAAAAACCUUCACGACAUGGUUGCCGAUGCGGUAAGAGCCUUGGAAAAAGAACUAGGCCCCGGUGGUCUGGCUGCUGCAAUGCGCACUCGGGGUUUAGUGACGAGACUAUCCUGCGGCGUACACGUCCAGAACCAGAUCGAGAAUGCCAUUAAGAAGGCCUCGUCUUGGCCCGUAGAGCAAGAGACGCAAAGGAUUUUCGUGACGAAAGGGGGAGCACUGGAGCGCAUCUAUAAAACUCACAUCGAGCAAGUAACGCCCGAGUCGGCAGUGGUUUCAUGGAGUGGCACUGAGAAUACACUGGGAGAUGAAGUGAUCGGUCACAGCGUAUGGUGUCGGGCAGCUGGUGCAAGUAACUUCCCAGAGGGUCCAGUUUGUAGCGUACCAGGUGGGGAAGUGACGAAGGCUGUGGUAACUGGCUUAUACCCCGGAGUAGACUACGAGCUAAGGCUUGUUCCAUUGACAGGGUCCGGUGAGUUUGGUCGGAUUGAGGCUCGGUUUUCCACUCCUAGACUGGAUCAUGAUCUUGAGCCAUUUCACAAGUUGCUAGAUGGCGGAAAGGGUGAUCUAAGUUUCCGGAUACGUGAGGUUGGCAAGUUUUUUCAUGGUGAUGGUACUGCCACGACGAUGAGGAACGCACUAGGUUCACAGUUACACAGCCCGGCAAGUGGGGAGCUAUUCUCUGUACCCGUGGAAGAAGCGAAUGCAACCACCGUUGAGGAAGAGAAGCACGUUAUAUCAGAGACGGUGCCGUCCUCUCAGAAGAAAAAUGAUUCUCAAGGCUCGAAGUCGGUUGCAAAGAGGCUGUAUUGUUCCGAGGACAUGGAUGAGGUGCUCAAGGACGUGGAGGAUCGAGAGAGGAUUGAUCUAAACAAGUCUCGGGUACACGAGAAAGAAAGUCUUCCGCUGCAAACCCCGAAACAACGGAUAGUGAUCGAGAAACUCGAGAAGAGCAGCAUGGAUUCUCCGGUUGUGGGAUGCGCUAACGAGGAAAAGGAGACGAUCCAGCAGCAAGGCCAUGACGAUGUCGUGGAUGAAGUGAGCCAGAAGGAGAUGGAUGCUCCGACGAUAAGUAAAAGCCAUAAGUUGGUGAUGGAGCAACAAGAUACUAUGGUGGCAGAAAACGUUGACGAUCAAAAGAAGACGAUCCAGGAGCAUGACCAUGCUGACCAUGCUGAAGUGGAUGACGUGAUCGAGAAACAUACUCAGCAAAAGGAUGAAGUGGAAAGCACAAUACAACUACAAAACCAUCUUGUCGCGGAUAAAGUGGUCGCAGAAAAGGUCAUCGAGCAAAUGAAGACGAUCCAGCCGCAAAUCGGGGAUACAGUGCUCGAGUUAAACAACGUGGAGGAGCAGCCUACUCCGGUGUUAGAAAACGAAGCGAUAAACCAUCUUUUCGGGGAUAAAGUGCCCGAGAAAAACAACGUGGAGCAGCAGCCUACUCCGGAAAGAGCCAUCGAGCAAAGUGAAGCGAUCCAGCCGCAAAACCAUCUUUUUGGGGAUAAAGUGCCCGAGAAAAACAACGUGGAGCAGCAGCCUACUCCGGAAAAAACCAUCGAGCAAAGUGAAGCGAUCCAGCCGCAAAACCAUCUUUUCGGGGAUGAAGUGCCCGAGAAAAACAACGUGGCUCUGGUGGUCAUCGAGCAAAACGAAGCGAUCGAGCAGCAAAACCAUCUUGUCGGGAAUAAAGUGCCCGAGAAAAACACCGUGGAGCAGCAGCCUACUCCGGUGGUAGAAAAAGCCAUCGAGAAAAACGAUGCGAUCCAGCAGCAAAAGCAAAACUUGGAUGAGGCGAUCGAGCAAGAGAAGAACCAGAUCCGGGAGCAGCAUCAAAGCGGAGUGAUCAAGAGCCAGGACCUUCCCAGCGACAGGAGCCAGAGGAAUCGAGAGCAACAUCGAAAUGGAGUGGUACAACAUGAAAACGUGAACAAGCUCAUACGGCAAAAGAGCAAGAAGACGAUCGUUCCUCCACAAAGGCUUGCAAAGGUGAUCCCCGAGACUCAAGCGCAGCAGGAUCGACCGCGGCAAGCCGAGAAGAAGAGAAAGAAGAUCAUCGACGAUCAUCUCUCGCUUGGGGAGCCUCAAAACGACGUUGAUACCAGUGGUGACUUCUGGAGCGAGGACUACCUUGACAAGAGCCUCGAGUUUAGCAUCAAGGUGAUAGUGUGGCUGGAGCGCCAGGGCCAUCUCCAGCCGGACUUCCGGCUCAAGCUCUUGACAUGGCUGGGCUUCCGCGCCAGCGUGGAGGAGAAGAAGAUGAUCUUCGUGUACGUGAGAACGCUGCUUACGGACCCUCACGGCCUGGCUCAUCAGCUCGUCGAUACAUUCGGCGAGAUCGUGGCGACGCAACGAUUGAGAGCUGAAGAAGCUAGUUCUUGAGCUCUUCUUGUCUCUUGUUUCUCUUCCAAGAAAAAACGAAUUUUUUUUGUUA